GAGCAGGAGAGCGAGGACAUGGCGAGGGAUUGAAAAAGUCUCCUCUGGAGUAAAUCUCUCUCAAGCUGAUCAGGGUGUGACACACUCACUCACCCACUUACCCACUCACUCACCCACUCACCCACCACAACGCUCGCUGUGUGGACACAACAACAGAUGUGUCGGGGGGUGAAGGAAUGACUUUUGAAGGCGAUAUUAGUUCUUCAAAUUCCUGACAUUUUCCCGAUGCUUGAGUCUUUGAGGCCAAAGUGAGAAUGGAGAAGAUGCAGACUCCACUUUCAUCCUCCUUCCUCCUGCUCUCUUUUCUCUUCUGGCCUUCAUCCUGCAGUCCGGGCUUGGACUUUCACGACUUCUACAGCGCACACCCGCGCUUCCUGUGCACACCAGUCCCUUUGGAUGCAGACCCCUCCUGCUUUCCCGCAGCGGGCGUAGGCGGGGCUGCCCAUCAAGGUCCGCCCCCAGCAGGCUGGUUGGGAGCGGGCGAGGAAGCCAAAAAUACCAUCCUCCACCUUAGGGAGAACCUGGUCCGCCAGAAAGAGACCAUCUUGGACCAAAGGGAGACCAUCAGGGAGCUGACGGCCAAGCUGGCCAUGUGCGAGGGCUUAGGGCGGACGCCUCACGAUGACCGCUCCUCGGAUCACGCCAAGCACUAUAACUGGGGUCACCACUACGGUACCCUCACACCCGACCCGCCGUCGGACGGAGUUCACCGGGAGAAGGAUGUCAAGCAUGAGACGUCACGGUCACCGGAGCAGAUGGAGAGCAUGUUGCAGGCGCUCAAGGAGAGGCUGGACAAUCUGCAGCAGAAGAGGAACUCAUCCCUCACGUAUUCCAGCGCUCUCAGACAACUCCUGCAGAGGAAGAUCCAUACUCUGGAGGAGCAACUGCACCAACGCACUGGUGCGCUCGGCGACCAGCUCCACCACGAUGACCACGACGACCAGCGCCACAUUGAUGACCACGAUGACCGUCACGACCUCCACCAUGAUGAUGAUCCUAACGGCCGGACAGACGACAGCGACCAGGGAGACCAUGGCGACCAUGAAGACCAUGGCGACCAUGGAGACCAUGGUGACCAUGACACUGGACAACAUUUGGACGAGCACAGCGAUGGCCGCCAUGACGGAGACAAUGAAGACACCGAUGAUGGUCACCAGGGCAACGAAGCAGACAGUCACACUUUUGUGCCGCACCCAGAAUCCAGUGAAGCUUCACAACAAGGAGGAUACCACAACCAACUGGACACCAUGCUUCAACAACUCCACCUGCAAGGUUCCAGCAGCAGAGAGAAUUUCCAGAUCAGUUUUCCAAUGAGAACAAACUUCAUGUUUGGAAAAAUGAAGAAAACUAUUUUGCAAGAAAUCUUUGCUUUCACUUUGUGUCUUUGGAUCAAAAACGGCGUGGGCGUCGCCAUGGGAACGCCGUUGUCCUACUCCGCACCUGGACAACCUAACGAGUUGGUGCUGAUUGAGUGGGGGGGGAACCCCAUAGAACUGCUGAUUGAUGACCAGGUGACGUCUCUGCCGUGGUCUCUGGGCGACGCCAAGUGGCAUCACGUGUGCGUCAGCUGGUCCACGCGGGACGGGGGCUGGGAGGCCUACCAAGACGGCGUCCAGCGGGGGUCCGGGACCGGCUUGGCUCCCUGGCACGCCAUCAAGUCGGGAGGCGUGUUCAUCCUGGGACAGGAGCAGGACACCCUGGGAGGUCGCUUCGACGCCGCCCAGUCCUUCGUGGGGGAAAUGGCGGACGUGCAGAUGUGGUCUCGGGUCCUGAGCGCCGCCGAGAUCCACCACCUGGCUUCCUGUGGCGGCCGCCCCACCGGCGACGUGCUGGCCUGGUCCGAGGCGCAGGUGGAGCUGCACGGCGGGGCGCUCAAACACGCCAUGGAGCCUUGCCGCUAAAACCAAUGCCUUCAUUUGCAGCAUUCUUUUAAAGUAGUCUGUGUAGGACAAGAGGACAUAAACACCUUCUUCAAUACAGCUAAAUAACCAAAGAAGCAACUAGACUUUGUCUGUAAAAAAGUGUUUUAGGAGAAGAAAUUAGUUUUUUUGUGUAUUUUUACAAGUUCACUGAAUGUUUUAGUGCAAAUUUACUCACACAUUUUUUAAAAAACAUAUUUGUGGCCUACUAGGCAUGUAUUAAAAAUGAAUAAAUUGUUAUGUGUA